AUUCAUUUUUAUUGCAAGGUCACUGCAGCCACCCGGAUCCAGUCUGUAUCCAGACCAGAUGGUGGAUCAGCACUUAGAGACGACCUCGACAGCCCUGAAUGUCAGCAGAGACCAGGAUAUGAGCCCCAGAGACAGAUCGCCAGUAAAUACCUUUAUCUAAACGGCCAUCAGUAGUUAGCUGCAGCCUGAAAUUAACCUGCUGAUUUUGUAUGGCCAGAGGACAACUAUGGAGUUUUGAUUCUCUCGACAAACCAGUAAAAUAAGGGUGGUCACCAUAAGGCACUUGCUAGUAACGCAGUUGUUGCAAUGAUUGUCAUCUGGUUGGGCUUGAAUGACUAAUUUUGCAGUUCUUAGACUAUAAUUUAGGUUUAGGUGUAAUUUGAAUCCAUGCUGAUGGCUAACAAUGCAUAAUGUACAACAAAAAUCUCAAAAAAGGACAUUUGCAGUCAUUUACUGUUCUUAACCUAUUGCCAUUUUUUUUUUUUGUGGUUUAAUUCUCCUUUUAUCUCUCUUGCUCUCUCCCCCUAUAGAAACAUGUAUAAUGUCUCUCUCUAUAAUGUCCGCAUGUGUACACUGCAUACUGGUGCUGCAUAACUAACACAGCCCCAGGGUGUAGUUACCUGUACGUCUGCGCUACACAGGUGGGAUUGCGCUCAGUUGUAGUUAGAAGCAGGUCUGAGCGUGAGAGUUCAGGGGAUUCCAGUGUUAAAGCUUUCCGCCUCGUAUUAGGAACUGAAAUUACUACGGCUACAAUGUUCAGCUACUUGGUGCUUGUGGGAAUGAUCUGUCUGUGCAGCGCAGAGUCUCUCAGACGUCAUAAACGAUCCUGGAUUAUAGACUCUUUUGACAUUGUGGAAGAACACCCGGGCCCUUUUCCUUACGAACUCGGGCAGAUUAAACUGGACCGCAGCUAUUUAGUGGAGUUCAAGUUAAAAGGCAAAGGUGUGGAUGAAGACCCAAAAGGUGUCCUGUCUAUUGAUCCGCUCACAGGAGUCAUUAAAGUCCACCGGAAAGUCGACUAUGAGCAGCACAGCAUUCUGAAGCUGACCUUCCAAGCAAGAAACAAGUCCAACUCAGCCAUAGAUACGCAACUAGGCAUGGAGGUCAACAUACUGGACAUCAAUGACAACCCUCCGGUUUUCCAGAGAAAAGUUUAUGAUGUUACUGUAAACGAAGCAGCAAAACAAGGUGCUUUUAUUGUAGGUGUCCUAGCAAUUGAUAAGGACGCACCAGGAACUCCAAAUUCCACCAUCGAUUACAAAAUCAUUUCUGUCACUCCAGCAACUAAAAAUGUGGAAUUCUACAUCCAAGAAAGUGGUGCGAUAUCUUUCAAAGGAUGCUUUGAUUAUGAGGCGGCUGAUAAAUACACUAUAACAGUUGAAGCUAAGGACCGUGGAGUUGUGAAGCUGUCAAGCACGGCAACCAUAGUUGUCAACCUUCAGGACGGAAACAACCAUUUACCAGUUAUCACAGGGCAAACGGGUUCAGCUAAUGUGAUGGAAGGGACAAAAGGUACUUUACCUGUCAAAAUACACACAGCCGAUACUGACACACGUCUCACUGCUGCAUGGAGGGUCACAUACUCCAUACAAGGGGAUAAAGAUGGCCACUUUGCCAUCAACACUGAUCCAGACACCAAUGAUGGAAUCCUCACAGUGGUCAAGCCUUUAGACUAUGAAGCCAACACAGAACAGAAAAUCACCAUCUUUGUAGAGAACGAAGAGCCUUAUUUCUCUUGUGAGGUUAAAGAGAGAUCUGCAGUUGGGCUCUGGACAAUCAUCACAAAUCCACCAAAACCAUCCUCUAGGAAUAUAACCAUAACUGUGGAAGAUGCCAAUGACCCUCCAUUCUUCCCAAAUCCUGUAAGAAAAGUAAUUUUGGAAGAAAAUGGUGCUGUCGGAACUUUUGUAGACAAAGUGACAGCGGUCGAUCCUGACACCGGACGUCCCCACAAACUAGAGUAUUCUAUUGAGCAGGAUCCUGCAGGCUGGUUCAGAGUAGACAAAACAACUGGGGAAAUCUUUGUGAAAGAGUCUUUAGACAGAGAAUCAAGCCAUGUGACCAAUGGGACGUAUACGGUCACUGUCCUUGUGACGGAGAAGGAUGACACUCCUCCAAUGACAAGCACUGCUACCAUCCAGAUCCACGUCGAAGACAAAAAUGAUAAUGUCCCUGUUUUAAAGGAGAACAUGGUUUCUGUUUGCCAGUCUGAUGAAGUAUCACGUACAGAGAUCACAGCCUAUGACCUCGAUGGGGAUCCGUACAGCGGGCCGUUCAGUUUUGAAAUUAUAGGAGAUCAUAAGGAAGAAUGGAGCUUUGACCCCAGUCAUGGUGACACAGUGCAUUUGGUGAAGGAUAAAAGCGUUCAUGCCAGUCUGUACACAUUGAUUGUGAAAAUCUCCGAUAAACAGGGCAGGUUUGUCCUCCAGAACCUCUCCGUUGCUGCGUGUGACUGUGUGGUUUCACCAAGCUGUCUGAUGGAGCGCAACACACAGAAAAAAGUGGGAAGUGGCAUCAUAGGAAUUACCAUUCUUGCCGCGCUGAUGAUUUUUGCAUGUCUGCUGCUGUCUCUCACUUGCUCUUGCGGACCUGCGAAGUCUCUGGUGCAGGUAGACAAUGUCUUAGAAGAUGCCCUUUUGCCUUCUAACAUCGAGAAACCUGGCACUGACUGCGUGGUCCCAACUGUUCUACUGAAGAAGGCAUCUGUUAGUCACUCAAAGGAUGAAACUUUUAUUCAUAAUGGGCUUCAACAGUCAAUUGACAUUAAGGCGGUAUCCAGCAAAACUAUAGCCACUCAUAGUGUCCCAGUUCAAAUGGAUGAGUACUGGUCUAGAGACAGAUCACAGUGUUAUUCAAAUGAGGCAUGGACGUGGAAACAGUAUCAGAGCGACAACCGCUAUCAGGGUUCAACAUUUAGCCGGAGGAGCUCCCAAAGAAGACAGGGUAACCAUUUCAUCAGCCACUCGACUCUACAAAGUUUGCUCUCUCAGAGACUGCAUUCGGUACAGCACAUAGAAAAUGAAUCGCUUGAUUACGAACCUCGGCUUUACGCACUUGAGGACAACUCCGAUAAAUUUGUAGACCUGGACCCCAUAGACAUGCCUAUGAAUGAGUUCGAUCCUGAGCUGCUCUCAGACCUUGGGCCGGCAUUUAAGCAUCUGGCUUCUAUCUGUAACCCAGGGACACCGUCAAAACCAGAAGUGACGAAGAACGGGAUCAGAUAGUGCAGGGAUGAAGACGAGGAUGAAGAUGUUUCACCUUCUUAUUCACGAGAAAUCAAUCCAUCAAUCAAUCAAUGAGGAGAUUAUAAAAGUCUUUCAUAAAAACUGCUCAGUUUGAUUGGGAUUAAAUUAGGUGGUAUAAUAGCGUUGUUUUUUUAUUAUUCAAACAUGAAUGCGAAUAAAAUUCACACUUUGAUUUUUAUUUUGAGAUCUAUUUCAAGUGAAAUAAAAUGCACCUGCAAAGUUAUUACUACCUCAGUUUGAUAAACUGCAAUUACCUGUAUUUCAAUAAUGUUUACAUAUCCUAAAACAUAUGUUUAACAACUCAGGGUUACAAAUAAUUCUCUAUUAGCUCCAUUUGCCCGUUUUGUAUUUUAUUUAGAUUUUAUAUCUUAACGUUUGACGUUUAAAUGCCUUUUUUCCUUACACGAUCAAAAUGUAUUAACAAAAAACAACAACAACAAUCUGCAAAUAUGUGAAGGAAAUCAGAGAAUAGUACAGAAAUGUAUUAUUGUGUAUGACUCAGUGCUUGAUUACCUUAUUUCCUUUUCUAAAUGUUUAUUGAGUGAAUGUUUUCUUUCGGGAUCUCUAUAACCGCACACCCGCAUCACCCUGUCACGCCAUUCCAGCAUUUAUGAAUUCUCUUCAUCUGUGAAAAUAAAGAUGAUUUUUCCUGACCAUAACAGACGUGGGGUAAUGUCUGUAGCUGCUGUCACACAGAAUUGUCAUUUUUGGGGGAAGUGUUCACGAAAGCACUCUGUGUUCAAAAUGAGCGAAAUCCAUGUAAUUAACUAGUACAACAUGACUUCAUAUUCCCGACGGAGCCUUUUUUAUCUUAUCCUGAA